AUGAAGUUUCACGCUGUUUUAAUGUUGCAUGGUCGGUUCACUUGGCGCUAGGAGAGGUAUGGCAUUGUUUGCAUGGCGUUGAUCAAUCUGUGGUAAUCAGCGGUUCAGCGGGCUAGGCUUAGCAUUUUAUCUUUCCUCUCACUUCCACAUACUCGACGCAGGUUCAGAGAAGAUAUGGAAUUAGACGUUCAAUUUUCAUUGCUGUUGCUUUGAGUGUGUGGUGAUGGAGCGUCGUUUGAAAUUCCAAGGUUGUCAGUGGCUCUCGUUCCUGUGGGUACUCCCACAACCAGAUGAUGGUAACCAAACUAUGCUCUUUAAGUAUAUUCCGAGCCCUCUCCAGACCAGCCCAGGCGCCAACAUCGUCGCCGCCGAGGUCAACGUCUUCAUCACUAGCGACCUAAUAAUGACGUCGCAAAAUACACAUAGCAAGUUCCUGCAACUUCCAACCGAACUACGACUGUCGAUAUACUCCUACGCUCUCACCAACUCAGUGCCGGUACCGGCUACUACCGUCAGCAUCAACACCAACCAUGGCACUAUUCCUAUUCCCAAACUCUACGCACAAGAGGAUCAUCACACUCGGUACAGUCUGGAGACCCCCAAAGUUCCGAGAAUGGAGUUCAACCAGCUCCGAUACGUCAGUCACCUGCUGUGUCAAGAAACACGGGGCCUGAGCCUACGACACAGUGACCUCGUUUUCAUGAAUGAGCCGGGAACAGCAACGCCAGCACGGGAGAUAUGCGCUCGAUUUCUGGAGAUUAUGCCUGUCAGCGCGCAAGCGAGGAUCCGGCAGAUGACGCUUAUCGAGGGCAGCCGAGAGGAACCGCUGGCAAAACUUAGGAUUAGUAGAAAUCGUUGGUAUAAAAUUGGGCAGCUGCUCACGGGCGGCGAGCACCCUGUCAUCUACAGCUUCUGUCGCGCCAACCCAGCGGCGAAAGUUAUCUUGCGUUUAGACACUCGGCGCGUCAACAAACUGGGACGGGAAAUGCCGCACAUGGGCGGCAACAGAUACACCCUGUUACACGCCAGUCUGCGCCUGUUGUUGCGUGAUUCUUCAGCUGUUGAGCAAGCCGUGGAAGAGGCGAUGAAAAGCACGAACUCGAUCUCCCGGUACCACGAAAUGAUGUUGAAUAAGAUACGUAAUGGACGGUGGAGGCUUGCGACAUACAUGAUUCCGGAUAUUAGAAUGGGUCGCAAUUCUGAGGCGGUCUUUCGUGGGGCGCUGUUAGAGAAUUUCAGAGUCACGAUUUGUAGGUGGUUUCGUAAUCCGGCACCGUUUGCUGAAAUGGAGGAUGAGUGGUUUGCGGCUGUGAGGCGGGAGUUUGAGGAGGGGUGUUAGGGGGGUAUUUCCUGCACAGUAGAGCUAUAAGACGGGUUGGAGAUGCGGAGACGGAAGAAGAAGGGUCGUGUGGUUCACAACAUUGGCUACGGGCAAGAUGUAGCUUCAUU